GACAUGACAUGUCAGAGAUUGUGAUUUUGAAAGCUUCAACAGAUCGCAUCGUUUGCCCUUCCCGAGUUCCUUCCUUCCAUCGGCCACGGCCGUUUCUGGGACGGCAACGCGGCUUCCGCGGGCGCACCGCGGUGGCUGCGGCGCUGGGCGCUGCGGCGACGGCCGCACGGGCGCCAAAGAAGGCGGUGCCAGAGUGGGAGGCGGCACUGAGGCUGGUUGAGGCGGUGAACCAACUUCGAGGUUAUCCGCAGGAGGAACUGCUGGAGCUCUUGAGUUCCAUUGCUGUCAAGGACAAGGGCCUUCCUGUCUCCAAUGGGGAGACAACAUCCGGCAGGUCCGGCAGGGGCAAGUUCGUGCCCCCUAAAGGCAGUGACCGGCUCUUCCUCUACGACUCCGAUGGCCGCCCCAGUGUUGGGGCACCUAUCGUAGCGUGCGAUGGCUGGAGGGAUGCCACUGACCAGAAGAAACAGGAGAUCUUGGAAGAGGCCUUGGCUCAGCUGAAGACGCAGGGCUUUGUGGUCUUGGAACGUCUCUUCGCGCCCGAACAGCUGCAGGUCCUCCUCGAAGAGUUCCGAGGCCAGCGGAAGACUGGGCUUCCAGCGGGGGUGACCUUCAGUCGGAUGAGAGCCAAACGAGACAUGACUAUCCCUCCCUUCGACAAGCUAUGGGCAGAUGAUGACAUCAUUUGUCAUCCGUUGAUUCUCGCUCUCCUGUGCAGAUAUUUGCGGAACAGCACCAACAUGAGCGAGGAGAAAUCGGCGGAGAUGUCCUUUGCCCAUUGGCUCGGUGCAGGUGGAGACAUCGAAACGUUCACCUCUGGCAGGCUGAGUGCUGGCUAUCCAGAGUUGGACCUGCUAGUGGUGGUGGAUACCCCUGCAGGGGCGCCAGCCCAGACACAGCACCGCGACACCAUUUUGCCGGGACCUUGUGCAUCGCUCGGGGUUCAUAUUCCCUUGACCACCAUGCAGGCCGAGCCCCUGAACGGCGCCAUCGGCUUCUUCCCCGGCUCCCACCUGCUGCGCGGUGCCCUCGGGGCGUCGCAUCCAACGCCUGCGACGGAGGUGGUGGGUGCCACAGCGCCAGGCUCGGUGCUGCUGUACGACUCCUUCACGGAGCACCGGGGAUUGGAGAACGAGAGUGCAGAGCCUCGCGCCGCACUCUUCGCUUGGUUCCGAGUCCCAGGGGUUUACACCGGGCACACUGAGGAGAACUUUGGACCUGAGGGCCUCCAUCGUGCCAAUGAGUUCCGUCACUAUGUGAGGCCCCGUCUUCAGACGGUGGAGUCGGAACAAAGAGAAUUGUCAAAAGGCGAAGGUGAUGAGGAGGCUUGGGGCUUCAAGCGCGGUUCCAAAUUGGUUCCAUGGACACGCUCCUGGGGCGAAGAAAGCGUUUGCUUCCGCUGCAACCAGACGGCGCUCAGCGGGGUCAGUGCGUCUCGCCCCGGCGCCGUACGCAAUGAGUGGUACUGCCAGAGCUGCUGGGAGGAAUGCGGUGGCACACCUGAAGCAUGGCCUGGGAAUCUGACUGAGCCAUGGGAACAACCAGAUCGUGUAAGUGAAGAACGGCUCAAGGAGCUUCAAGCACGAGGGCUCAACAUCACUCCUGGCAAGGGACGUCACAAACUGACACUGCUUCGGGAGAGAGGCUAUUUCAUCCCAGUUGACCCAUCCAAUGCUUGGCUCGAUCGGGUGAGCAACGACCCGCAACCCUCCGGAUGGAAGGAUGCGAUGAAGAAAGCCUUAGGUGAAGUUCCACGUUUCGAUGGUUUCUAG